AUGUUAGCCAAGACCAUACCUCGGCAGCUGCUUCUGUUGGCACUUGUGAUCGCAUGUACUCAAACCGAUGCCAGAGAUGUGACAGAUGCAGCUGACAGCACAGAUGCUAUUAGUGACAUCAAUGAACCAGUGGAAAUAGACAGUGUAGCCUUGUUGGCACCUGAAGAUCAGGACUCCGAAACUACCGAGGGCGUUGAGAAGCGGAGGAUAGAUCGGUAUGGAUUUUACGGCGGUAUCGGAAAACGACGCGUAGAUAGAUAUUCUUUCGCUGGAGGUCUGGGUAAACGCCAGCUAGACCCGUUCAGUUUUGCAGGGCAUUUAGGGAAACGAAGAAUAGACAAAUUUGGAUUUUCUGGAGGAAUCGGGAAGAGAAGACUCGACAAGAUUGGCUUCACAGGUGGAAUUGGCAAACGGAGACUCGACCGUUUCGGGUUCACUGGACAACUGGGGAAACGACGUAUAGACAAAUUUGGGUUUGCCGGAGGGAUCGGAAAGAGACGGAUUGAUUCAUAUGGUUUUGCAGGAGGGAUCGGAAAGAGAAGGAUAGACAGAUUCGGUUUUGCAGGAGGAAUAGGUAAGAGAAGAAUAGACAGAUUCGGUUUUGCAGGAGGUAUUGGGAAGAGGAGAAUAGACAGAUACGGCUUUGCUGGAGGCAUAGGCAAAAGAAGCGAAGACGACAAUGUCAUUUAUGACGAUGUAGAUGACAUGGAAGCUGCAGCAGAAGCUGACAGACACGUUGACAAACGAUCAACGCACGUCGUGAAGCAGGGAGCCUCCAUGUCAUCAUGA